CUUCCCUAGCGCCUUCGGCAGACCUCUUCCGGGUGAUGGCAGCCGGAUGCCCCGGAUGUAGCCCUAGGGAAAGUGUCUUUCCCUUUCUUCCCCGCCUCUUCCUGCAUCCCCAGGUGCCAGACUCAGCGCAGGGGACGUCCAGGCGGCCAGCUGCCCUUUCAACCCGAUUCUCUGCUAACUCCGCUCCCAAACUGGACCUGACACAUACCAGGAAAAGUCUUUGUUGUGCUAGCAGCCCUUUCCCAUGAGUCCCUCCUCACCCAGUUUCCUUAAUUCUGCAUCCUUUUCCUGGGCCCAGCUUGAGGAAGACACCUCUGGCCAGUCAUGCCAAAGAGGAAAGUGACCUUCCAAGGCGUGGGAGAUGAGGAUGAUGAGGAUGAAGUCAGUGUCCCCAAGAAGAAGCUGGUAGAUUCUGUGGCUGGGGGUCCAGGUAGCCGCUUCAAAGGCAAACACUCUCUGGACAGCGAUGAGGAGGAUGAUGAGGAGGAGGAGGGAUCCAGCAAAUACGACAUCCUGGCCUCAGAGGAUGUGGAAGGUCAGGAAGCGGCCACACUUCCCAGUGAGGGGGGUGUGCGAAUUACACCCUUCAACCUUCAGGAAGAGAUGGAGGAAGGCCACUUUGAUGCUGAUGGCAACUACUUCCUGAACCGCGGUGCUCAGAUCCGAGACAGCUGGCUGGACAACAUUGACUGGGUGAAGAUCAAGGAGCGGCCACCUGAUGCACAACAGGCUUCAGAGGAGGAGGAGGAGGAUAGCUUGGGCCAGACACCCAUGAGUCCCCAAGCCCUCCUCCAGGGACUUGUGGAGCUGUUGUUGCCGAGAGAGACAGUAGCUGGAGCUCUGAGGCGUCUGGGAGCCCGAGGAGGAGGCAAAGAGGGUAGCAAGGGGCCAAGGCGGCCGAGUUCCCCCCAGCGCCUGGACCGGCUCUCUGGAUUGGCUGACCAGAUGGUGGCCCGAGGCAACCUUGGUGUAUACCAGGAGACCAGGGAACGGUUGGCUAUGCGGCUAAAGGGUUUGGGCUGCCGAACCCAGGGACCCCAGGAUCCCACACCUCCACCCUCCCUGGAUAUGUUUGCUGAGGAAGUAGCGGAGGAAGAGCUGGAGACCCCGACCCCUGCACAGAGAGAAGAUGCAGAGUCACCGGGAGAUGGUUUGGUGGAUGUGAUGUGGGAAUAUAAGUGGGAGAACACAGGGGAUGCUGAGCUGUACGGGCCUUUCACCAGUGCCCAGAUGCAGACCUGGGUGAGUGAAGGCUACUUCCCAGAUGGUGUUUACUGCCGGAAGCUGGACCCUCCUGGUGGUCAGUUCUACAACUCGAAACGCAUUGACUUUGACCUCUACACCUGAGCCUGCUGUGCGCCCGAUUUGGCAGCCUCUACUUUCCUGGACUUUUGGUGGGGGCCCCCCGUUGCCUCAGGCCACUUUUCAACCCGUUUCCCUUUUCCCAAUAAAAGCCUGGUUGUGGGUUA